AUGGUGGCGUCUGCUCAUUGCCUCCGUCAAAGCAGUUCGAGUUACGUUGAGCUUGUUUUGAUUAGGGCUAAGCGGGAUGAAUUGAGGGCGAGGUUGUUGGAGUUGGAGGGAGAAAAGCAUGCAUUUGAUGACCUUUAUGAUCUUUUUGCAUGGGAGAAGGCAUCUUUAGAGGAGUACUUUCUGGAGACGGAGAGGGUGAAUAGGGAGAAUGUGGAGGCGGAUUUGUCUUGGCUCCGAAAGAAAGGGAUUGUUCAUGUUGUGGAUAUGUUGAUUGAGAGCUCCAAGUUCACACUUGGGAUUAAGCAAAUGAAGGCUACGUGUAUGGAAGUCGGGGUAGAGAGUGGCAAGCAGAUAAUCAGGGAGCAGGUUGCUAGUGGCAAGUUUACACCUGGAGAGAUGAGCACCCUUCUAGAAUAUACCCAAGCCAUGCAUGUUGAGGUGAAAUAUUUUUUGGAGAUAGAUUUCGCCUCUUACCUCCACUUUGGCGAGCUCGACAUGGAUGGUCUUCUUCUACUGUGCAGUGACCCUGAUAUUGAAGGAGAAUGCCAUGAAGGAAGUACUUCUGGGACCAAACCUUCUCCCCCUGCCCCUGGUAUGUGA